AUGCACCUUCGCGAUGAGGCGAAAGAGUCCAUUAACAUUGAACUUUUAAUCACAUUGAUGGAUGGAAGCGUGGACCACGAAGUGGCCAGGCGCGUCCUACGGAAAUUCGAUGGCGAUGUAGAGAAAGCAGCUUCUGCCAUGAUCGAGGGCGACAGGGGAGAAGACACGCAAUCGUCGUUGUGGACGUCGCACUCGCAGAUGGAAAUAAACCAGCCCAGACCGCUGCCUGCUCCCGCUGUUCGCCCAAACUCACCAAUCAAUAUCGACCUCACGGGUGACGACGACAAUAAUGACGAACUAUCGCGCGCUUUGAAAGCGUCACUUGAGACAGCCUCUCAAGAGGGUCCGAUGUUUGGACCAAGCGAAAGGCCUCCUGAUGCCAAUUGGGCGAUGGUACCUUCGAAUCAGAAUAACGUUGCUGCGGACGAUCUGGAUCGCGCUAUACAAGCUAGCUUCGAGCAGGCUGAUACUGGCGACGAAUACCAACCUUUACCCCUCGAUCAGCAAUGGCGGAAGGAAGGCUGGCCUGUCACUUUACGUCCAACGAAACAUACGAUGGUCUACGCAGCUCUGGUUCUGCAUGCGCUCUUCUAUGUUCCACAGAUUCGUGAACGCGUUGCAAAUUGGCGACCAGCUCUACCCGAAGGCGCAACGGAAGCUGAACCACCAAAGAAUGGACCAGAGCUCCUCAUGUGGAAGCUCGUCGAAACAUUCACCAAUAUGGAUCUUGCAAAACUUGUGGACCUGGACGCUCAUGAGGUGCUGGAGGGGUUCAAGCCUGAGCCCUGGUCGAACCCUGCGCAACCGCCAGGCGAGCUAUCUCAACGAUUCUUCGAAAAGGUAGCAGGCGCCCUUGACAAAGUGUUCGCCCAUGAAUUCAUUCGUACCGGACAGGCAAAACAGCGCAUCAUGCAGUUCCAAUAUGGGAACAGCAGUUUCGAUGACGAACCCGGAGAGCUCCUGCAAGAUGCUUCCAUCGUCCGUGUCGAAGCCCUUGGACGGAGCGACACGAAUGACCUCGUCGGUCGCCUUUCCGCGCAGCUUUCAAGUAAUAAGGAUGGUAUCAAACGCCAAGUUAUCUUCGAGCCCUCGGAGGUGAUUGCGUUUCAUCUCGCGCGCUCGGGCACUGUUACGGGCGAGCGCAAGUCGUUUAAAUACCCGAAGCACAUCUAUCUCGACCAGUUCCUGAAGGAAAAUAUUGAACUUGCAGAGAGUAAGAGGGCGCAGCAGCGGGGCCUUCAUGCAGAAAUUCAAAAGCUGGUGUUGCAUAACAAGUCCUUGACGCACUUCAAUGACAAAGACACCCUAACGGACCUGCGGUCAUCGAUAUAUUAUUACGAGAAUGUGGCAGAUGCGAAGGACGACGACGAGCGUGCUCGUGUCACCCAAAUUAUGGCUAACAAACUAAAGGGUAUCCUUGCUCAGGUAGAGAAGGAAAUUCAAGUCUCGGAUAUCAACAUUGCGAAGAUGCGUGACCAAGCUGGAACGCUCCUAGAUUGCCCUGAGCUCCAACGCGUCAGAUAUGAUCUCCGUGCAGUACUAGUCCACGACGGAUUGUAUGGCAGGAAGCACCUCUAUUCCUAUGUACAAGAGAAGGGUGUAUGGUGGAGGAUAGAGGAUACAUCCAUCAGCCAGGUAUCCGAGGUAAAUGUUUUGGAGGACUCGGUGGGCCUGCAUCUCGGUGCAGGGCCUUACCUUCUCUUGUAUUCCAAAACGUUGCCAGAAGGCACCGAGCUACUGGAUCUCCAGUGGCCUCCGCCGAUCAAGGCAUGUCAAAUAUUGUUCGCAUGCCAAAAUACUUACCUGACUUUUCAUAUCAGAUCGAUGUAG